AUGGCCGCUCCAGCAGAAGUCACACUCAAAGACCUCACGGGUAACUGGGUCAUGGUACGACUUUCCCCAGCUCUUCUAUCUUCUAAUCACCAGUCUCCAAUCUCCCAUCAACACAGCCCCCUACCUCCCACUCAAGCUAAUACCCACCCCUCUCCCCAGAACAAAACCCUCUCGGACGACACCGACGCCGUCCUCGCCCUCCAAGGCAUCGGCUGGUGGACUCGCAAAGCCAUCUCCCUCGCGACCGUCACCCUCCACACCAAGCAAUACGUCGAAGAAAACAUAACGCACAUCGACAUCGAGCAGACCGCCACCGGCGGCGUGAAAGGGACCACUGAGCUGCGCGCGCUCAACUGGGUCGAGCACACGCACACAGACCACGUAUUUGGCACCGUGAAAGGCAAGGCGCGGUGGAGUUCGUUCCAGGAGAUUGACGAUGAGUUUUUGAAGGAGGGGUGGCUUGAGGGGGAGGAGGAGGCGGCGGGGCCGGAGGGCGAGAAGCACGUGGAGAGUUUUGCGGUAAAUGAGGAGAAGGGGUGGACGGCGAGGCAGAUUUGGGGGUUUGCGACUGUGGAUGGGAAGAGGUAUUAUACGAGGAGGGUUGUGGUUACGAAGGGGAGUGAGGUGUUGAAGGUUAGGUUGGUGUAUAAUUGGCAGGGGAAGAAGUAG